AUGGCAACGAUAGGAGCUCACCCUGAAAUGAACAAUAGCAAAAUACAGAAGCUUUUGUUUUUAAUGAAUUUAGCGGUGUUCUCAGUUAUUACCUAUCUGGUAUGUUUGAUGCUAUUCAAGGAAGAUGAACUAACUAUUACUGAUAUCACCGGAGCUAUAGAAUCUCUAUUGUUGCUGAUACAUGGUGCUUUGAAAUUACUCACUCUACACCUACAGCAUGAUGGAGUGAGAGACAUGCUCGAACAGACUAACCACUUCUGGAAUAUCGAAGAAGUAGAAUUUGAGGAAGAAAGAAAUGAAAUUUCGAAGUUCCUAAAAUAUAUGAAAACGAUAUUAUACUACUUCAUGGCUUUUGCCUGUAUGCCAACGAUAUUUUUCUGUUUCCGUCCAUUUCUCCUGCAUGAAAGGGUGCUUGUUUUCAACAGUUAUAUUCCAGAAUUCGUCCCAUACUUUAUUAUGCUACUAGUGGAAGAUUAUGCUUUUUUGAUAAUAUAUGUUGCAUGCGUGAGUUUUGAUAUAUUUUUCGCCACAUUAGUAGUUUUGACGAAGGUGCAGUUUCUGCUGCUGAAUCAAGAAAUCAGAAGAGUUGUCGCAAUCAAUAUAGAAACCGAUGAGGAUGCGAAUGUCGUGAGGAAUAAGUUGAAAAAAUGCGUUGAUCACCAUAAUUUCCUGUUGGAGUUUGUGAAGAAAAUCAACAAUACGAUGUCGAAUGCAGUGUUAAUGUAUUUUCUAAUUCUUAUAUUUUCUAUAUGUGUGGAGAUGUUCAUGUUGUCGAACAGGAAAACUGUAAAGGAAUUUUUCAAAUAUAUAUUCUAUUCAGUAUCCUUAUCCAAUGAAUUCGUAGUAUUUUAUUGCUUACCAUCUCAGCUUCUAACAUCCGAGGCUGAAGAAUCAAUAUACUAUGUUUACGACAGCCAGUGGUACGAAAAUCUGUCGAAUACAACAAAAUGCAUAAUCAACAUGAUCUCUCUAAGAGGACAAAGGAAAGUUUUUAUCACUGCUGGUAAAUUUGUGAAUUUGAGUAUGGAAAGUUGCUUAGCGGCAUACAAAACAGUUUUUUCGUAUUACAUGUUUUUGAUGACGAUGCAAAGAAAAGAUGACACAAAAUAAUCAUUUCGAAGCAAUGAUAGAAAAUAUUCGCUUAUUCAAUUGACGAUGGAAUAAAGAUAUCAUUAAAUUUGUCA